UCGCCUCCCGCUCCGGCCCAAUCCGCUCACACUACACCUCUCUCGGUGUCUCUAUCUCUCACCUCACCGCCGUCGAGAUGCUUCGGAGCCCAGCCGCCGCCCUGCUCCGCCGCCUCGCCCCUCGCAUCUCGGGCGGCGGAGCCACUCGCCGGCGCCUCCCUCCUCCCAUCGCCCCGUUCCUUCUCGCCCGCUUCUCGUCCGCCCCGACCACCUCCUCUUCCUCGUCGCCUCCGUCCUCCGCGGCUGACCGCGACGAGGAGGCGCAGGACGGCGAGCUCGCCAAAGGAGAUUCCGGUGCCCGACUCAGCAUCUCCGUCGAUCGCUCCGGCCUCUACAACCCCCUAGAGCACUCGCACGAACCGUCGUCGGACUCGGAGCUCGUCAAGCACCUCAAGAGUAUCAUAAAGUUUCGGAGUGGGCCGAUCAGCAUAGCCGAGUACAUGGAGGAGGUGCUAACGAACCCACAGUCUGGGUUCUACAUCAAUCGCGACGUGUUUGGCGAAUCGGGGGAUUUCAUCACCUCGCCGGAGGUCAGCCAGAUGUUCGGAGAGAUGAUUGGUGUAUGGGCGAUGUGCCUCUGGCAGCAAAUGGGAGAGCCCGAGAAGGUGAAUUUGAUCGAGCUUGGCCCAGGACGAGGAACCCUCUUGGCUGAUUUGCUUCGUGGCUCAGCAAAGUUUGUUAAUUUCACUAAGGCACUCGACAUUAACUUGGUUGAGUGCAGCCCUACAUUGCAAAAGGUGCAGUAUAAUACUCUGAAAUGUGAAGAUAAACCUAUUGGUGAUAGCAAAAGAACAGUUAGCAAGCUUUGUGGAGCCCCAGUUUGUUGGCAUGCUUCCCUCGAACAGGUUCCUUCAGGAUCACCAACCAUAAUUAUUGCACAUGAAUUCUAUGAUGCCUUGCCAAUCCAUCAAUUUCAGAAAGCAUCACGUGGCUGGUGUGAAAAGAUGGUGGAUCUUGCAGAAGAUUCCUCCAGGUUUCGCUUUGUUCUAUCUCCACAGCCUACAGCUUCUUUAAUUUUCCUCUCCAAGCGUUGUGGAUGGGCUAGUUCUGAGGAACUUGAGAAGGUUGAACAUAUUGAAGUCUGCCCCAAAGCAAUGGAGCUUACUGAACAAAUCGCAGAUAGAAUUAGUUCAGAUGGUGGAGGCGCUCUUAUUAUUGACUAUGGCAAAAACGGAAUAGUCUCUGAUAGUCUCCAGGCAAUCCGCAAACACAAGUUUGUCCACAUAUUAGAUGACCCUGGCUCUGCUGAUCUGAGUGCCUAUGUUGAUUUUGCUUCAAUCAGGCACUCUGCUCUGGAAGCUUCAGAUGAUAUCUCGGUCCAUGGGCCAAUAACUCAAUCCCAGUUACUGGGUUCUCUUGGUAUCAACUUCAGGGUGGAAGCUCUUUUGCAGAAUUCCACCGAGGAGCAGGCUGAAUCUCUGAGAACCGGCUACUGGCGUCUAGUUGGCGAUGGGGAAGCCCCAUUCUGGGAAGGUCCUGAUGACCAGAUCCCUAUUGGCAUGGGCACUAGGUACUUGGCCAUGGCCAUUGUCAACAAGAAGCAGGGUGCCCCUGUUCCGUUCGAGUGAAAAACAGUAAUAUCUUUCCUUGGGUAGUCUAUUCACUAGUAAAAAUAACUGGACUGUCUUGUAACUCUUGUUGCAUUGUUGAGGAAUUUUGACGACAGUCCAGAGAAGGGCGAUUUUUGGCUCAACUUUGUUGUAAUACACACGAUAUAUUGACUCAUCAACUCGUGUCUUACUUUUUUUAAGUGAAGAUGUGUUCUACCUACUGGAUGGAAAGAAUUCGUUGUGUUGACCUCUAAUCAUUAUAAUGUUUUCUCU